AUGUUUCCCGCUGAGAGUCAGGAAGACGAUGACCCGAUCACCGCAUCAUACGAUAUAUUCAUAACCGACUCGCAGAUCCGACGAUUACUCCUUCAAUACCCCGACCGCCCCGCCGACCAGCCGUACAAUGACGCUAUGGGACAAAAACCGCUCGAAUUUCGAUUAAAGCCCAAAACCGGACUGGUAGAAAUAGACAUACCUAUAGACACGGUGGUAAAUUACGAUGAAACAAAAGGUCUAAGAUACGGCAAUGCGUUGGCGAAGAGCCGUAUCACGCAGGAGAACGGAACGCAUGGGAUGGCGGGGGGAUUUAAUACAAAUGGGGGCGGUAUUGGGAAACUAAAAUCGGAGCCCUCUAUAGCUGAUGAUAUGAAUGUUUAUAUGGAUCUGGAUGACGAUGAUAAGAGGGCGGGGGUUAAGAUGAGCACACAGGUUUUGGGGGGUAGGAUAAAAAAGCCCGUGGAUGGUGACCCGGUUUAUAUGCUGGCUGCUUUCAGGGACAAUGAACUUCAUCUCGCACCUUUGGAGGCCGUAGUACAGCUUCAGCCCCAGCUACAUCAUAUAGAUGCCUUCGACGAAGUAGCCGUGAAGAGCAAGGCUAUGGCAAAAGCCAAGAAAGAUAUGGACGAUGAUUCCACCAGCAGAAGCGCCGCGAUGGAAGCACGAGCAAUCGAUAUGAAAGUCAAAUCUGCGGAGUCAGAGGGCGCCAGGGCAGUUGGAAACAACGAGCUACUGCUCAAGCUCUUUCAAGACGAGAAGUGGGAGAAGUACAGAUGGAUUGACGAAAAUGACCAAGAAUCAUGGGAUAAAUACGACGAAUAUAUGUUUAAUGAGGGCCUGGAAGAGCCCGUUCAGCUCCAGUCAGCAAUCACCACGGAAGACUACCUGGACAGCAUGAGUGCCCCGAGGGUUGAUCCCACCAGGCCGGAAAUGACUGGCUGGGCUAUGAAGAGAAGACAGCAGAGACGGAGGGCAAGCAGUAGCUAUAGGAAGGGGAGGCAUCAAACUGAGGAUGAUGUUGACGAUGAUAUAUUCGUGGCCCAGAUAUAA